GCACAAACGGCUGGCCUGCAGCAAAGCGUCUACCACGCUCUCACGCUCAACGCUAGACAAGCUCUCGGAGGCCAAAGCCACUCUACCAAUGGAUGUGCACUAUCGCACAGACGAACUGCGGAGGUUGUUUCUCAAACCGGAUUGCAAGAUUGUUCAACGGAGACAAGCCGUGGCUGA